AGUAUCACGGAGAAGACGAGGCAACAUGGCUCCCGGAGGUGGAAGGCAGAGGCUUCACCCCCUUUGAAGCGGUGAAGCAGAGCAGCGGAGGAGAACAGGAAAAGAGAAGUGACUACGGCUUGUCAUCGCUUUUAUCUUCCCAGCCUCUUCUGAGUCUGGUCAGCCUCACCUCUGCUCUCCACCCGCACCCAGUCCGUGGUCUCCUCCCCUCCCCGCCCACGUUCCCUGGCCCCUCCCGUUCACAUACCCUUUCCCCGCCCCUCCUCGCCCCUACCCCCCGCGGAGUGCGCACGCGCCCGCCUCCAGCUUCGCGCGGGGAUCGCCGAGUGGCCCGCUUGCGCAGCCGCUGUUCCUUCUGCCCACGGAGGAAGCAUGGGCGUCCAGGGCUUCCAAGAGUUCCUGGAGAAACGCUGUCCCGGCGCUGUGGUGCCUGUGGACCUCCUCAAACUCGCGCGCACUGUGUCGCGCCAGCAGCAGCAGCACCUGCACCGCCAGCUGCCACCGGCAGCCCUAGCGCCCGGGGCUCCACGCAUCACCAGGGGCUCUGCUCCUCUGCCGCCGCCGCUCCCGCCCGCUGCCUUUGGUGCUUACUCCGGGGGCGCGGGGCCGACUCGGCACCAUCACCCUGCUCACCAUUUCCACCACCACGGCCAAGCGCUGCCAGGGCUGCAUCCGCCGCCGCCGCCGCCGCCCCCUCCGCUGCCUGGGGCUCGGGUAUUGGUAGACGCGGGCUCGGCGCUGCCGCGGCUCUAUGGUGGCUACCAGACGGAUUGGGUUUGUGGCGGCCAGUGGAAUGCCAUGCUGGGCUACUUGUCAGCGCUGUGCCAGGCUUGUGCCUAUCCGGGCGGCGACGGCCUGGAGUUGGUGGUCAUGUUCCCUGGGGGCCUGGGCAAGGACCGACUGGCCGAGUGGGGCCGUCGGUGCCAGGCGGAGCGGCAGACUGCGCAACUGAUCGUGGGACACGUGGGCAACAAGGGCACCCCUCCACCGCGGGCCUGGUUCCUGCCACCUGCCUGCCUGAGCCACUGCGUGAGGCUAGCACUCAUCCGCUUCCGGGUCAAGGUCUUUCAGAGCCUUGAAGACCACCACUUGGAAGUGGUGGCUUUUUUCAGGGAGAAUGGCUUUCAUGGCCUUCUGGCUCACGACUCCGAGUACGCGCUCUACAAUAUUCCGUCCUACUACAGUUCCCACGCGCUGAAGCUGAGCUGGAAUGGGAAGAACCUCACAACCAACCAGUUCCUCAUGCAGGAGGUGGCCAAGCAGCUGGGGUUGAAGCGAAUGAACUUUCCCAUAUUUGCUGCACUACUAGGUAACCACAUUCUACCAGAUGAGGACUUGGCUGCUUUUCACUGGAGCCUUUUGGGACCAGAACAUCCUCUUGCAUCACUUAAGGUUCGAGCACAUCAGUUGGUCCUUCCACCUUGUGAUGUCGUGAUCAAGGCUGUUUCUGAGUAUGUCAGCUCCAUCAAAGACCCCUCAAACCUGGAUGUGGUUGGGAAGGAUGUUUUCAAACAGUCUCAGUCUAGGACAGAAGACAAAAUAGAACGGUUCAAGAAAGCAGUUGAGUACUAUUCAGUCACAACCAAACUCUCUUCACUGCCAGUGGGUCCUUCCUUUCUAGGCUUUCGAAAUAAUCGGCUUGGAAAUCCUCCCCUUCCACGGAAUCAAAUGGGCCCUAUUUCUACUGGAAAACCAAUGUUUUCUCGCCAGGUGCCCCAGAAAAUGAAAUAUCCACCACCAUUUCCAAUGGGACCCAACUCGUCUCUCCUCUUCUCCCACAGUGUGGGGGAAUCCCAUGCUUUCUCUGAGGAUCCCAUGCUACAGGACAAUUCCUUUGCCAAUUGGGCUGUUUCUUAUGACUCUUCGACACCCCAAUUUCCUAAUUGCCUGACUUCCAAAACGUCACCUCCUUUGGGACCAGCCUCUUCCCAUUCCUCUUCCUCUGAUGGUGAUGAGGCAAAUGGAGCUGGUUCUGAUCACAUCACAGAAACACUUCAACAACAGCCUGGAUGGGAAGAUCCAAGUGGUGACAGAGGGUCUUGGGUACAGCCUGUUGAUGCUGGAGUUUCAGAAACUAGCAUAGGUGGUGGUGAACCUCACAUCCCAUCUCUGUUAUCUAUGUCUACAAGGAACCACAUGGAUAUCACCAUUCCACCCUUACCUCCGGUAGCCCCAGAAGUCUUGAGGGUUGCUGAACACAGACACCGAAGGGGUCUCAUGUAUCCAUAUAUUUACCAUGUGCUUACUAAGGGUGAAAUUAAAAUCCCUGUAUGUAUUGAGGAUGAGUGUAACAUGGAGCUGCCUCCAGCUGCUAUCCUGUUCCGGUCAGCUCGCCAAUAUGUAUAUGGAGUUCUUUUUAGCCUAGCAGAGACACAACGGAAAAUGGAACGUCUGGCCAUACGGCGACGGUUACCUCUGGAAGUUCCUUCUGUGAUCCUUAAAGAGUGGUCUGCUUAUAAAGGGAAGUCACCUCAAACCCCCGAGCUGGUAUCUGCACUCACAUUUCGGGAAUGGACUUGCCCAAACCUCAAGAAGCUUUGGCUAGGCAAAGCUGUUGAGGACAAGAACAGGAGGAUGCGGGCUUUCCUAGCCUGUAUGAAGUCGGAUACACCCAGUAUGCUCAAUCCAGCCAAUGUCCCCACCCACCUGCUGCUCAUGUGCUGCGUACUCCGGUACAUGGUUCAGUGGCCUGGUGGCCGGAUCCUGCAUCGUCAUGAACUUGACACCUUCCUUGCACAGGCAGUGUCUACCCAGCUUUAUGAACCAGAUCAGCUUCAAGAACUCAAGAUUGAGAAACUGGAUGCUCGAGGGAUCCAGCUUGCUGCCCUGUUCAUGAGUGGGGUCGACACAGCUCUGUUUGCUAAUGAUGCAUGUGGCCAGCCAGUCCCUUGGGAGCAUUGCUGCCCCUGGAUUUACUUUGACGGCAAGCUGUUUCAGAGCAAGCUCAUUAAAGCAGGCCGAGAGCGAGUGUCCCUGGUUGAACUCUGUGAUGGCCAGGCUGACCUGGCAAGCAAAGUGGAAAAGAUGAGGCAGAGUAUCCUUGAAGGUGUCAACAUGAAUCACCCACCACCUUCUGCUCUACUUCCAUCACCUACGCUCGUGCCGCCCAUGGUGCCCUCUCUCUACCCUGUUUCUCUCUAUUCCAGAGCCAUGGGCUCGUUUCCACCUCCCCCUCAAGCAAGGAGUCGAGGAUUUGCAGGUCUCCAUCCAAUCCCACCCCAAGGAGGAAAACUGGAAAUUGCUGGCAUGGUGGUGGGCCAGUGGGCUGGCAGCAGAUCUUCUAGAAGUCGAGGAUCCUUUGGCAUGCAAGUGGUCUCUGUCGGUGGGCCAGGAAAGGGGCAUGGAAAAGAACAGGCUGGUAGAGGACCCAAAGGUCACAAAAAAGGAAAUAAGCAAGGCUCUUCAGAUGGGAUCUCGAAACCCAUGGAGCUUCAUCAAGGCCGGCCCCGCUCACAGGUGAAUGGAAACAAUGGCACAUUGAUUAUGGAAGAGAAGAGUGAUCAUCUUCCGGCUCCAUCCCAGUGUGCCUUAUCUAGAGACAGUGACGUGUGUAAUGAUGAUGACCACUGCCUCCCCGUGAAGAAUGGAGAGAAGAACCAUGUGCAAGAGCUAGAGCUAGAAACUGUGGCCCAACAGAAAGAGGAAUGACAAAGUGAAGAUGGCGUCACUUGUCAGGGAGAGGAGAAAACUCUACUUUUCUGAUUCUAGGCCCAAGUUAGAGGAGGAUAUAAAUGUUUACUCUAGAUUUACCUAGGAUUUUAAGGGGAUACAUAUUUAUUGUAUCUACCUUUUCUUCCCUAUCUUUUCUGGCUCCAGAAUUAGAGCCUGGGAGACUUCUCAGAUUCUCAAAUAUAUAGCAUCAAUAUUUCCCUUGUAUCUCCUGGAAGACUGGGCAGUAACUGUCAGAAAGCAGAUGCUAUCACGUAAAUCCUACGGGAAAGUUCUGGCUUUGGCUUUCUGAAUAUUUAAUGUGAUGUCCUUCAUAAGCUUAUAAGAAAUGGGGUUGUAAGGUAAGCUACCUGUGGCUUCCUGAUU